AUGAAAUGCUGGAUUUACGGAAGCCCCAUGCACAAGGGCUUGCCUCUGCUCACAGUGCUGGUUGCCGCUAGUGGGACCUAUUCCUUCAGCAGCAGGGAGGAGCUGCGGUCCGCACUAGAGGACUGGGUGCAUACGACAGCAAAUGGCACAGGCAGAGCUCGCGUCGUGGCCAUGUAUGGCAAGAUCGAGCAAUGGGAUGUUUCCAGCGUGACCAACAUGAGCAGACUCUGUUCAGAUCUCUGGGCGCCCGAGGAAAACUCUAAUGUCUUCAACGAAGACAUCAGUCUCUGGAAUACUUCGGAAGUGACAGAUAUGAGCAGGAUGUUUGAGAACGCAGAUGCUUUCAAUCAACCAAUUGGUUCUUGGGAUACUGCGGCCGUGACCAACAUGAGUUUCAUGUUUCGGGGUGCACACGUCUUCGACCAGCCCAUCGCCUCGUGGGAUACCUCUUCAGUAACCAACAUGAGCCACAUGUUUGAGUUUGCAGCGCGUUUUAACCAGCCGCUCGGCGCCUGGGAUACUUCGGCUGUGACGGAUAUGAGCUUCAUGUUUCGCUUUGCAAGGGCAUUCAAUCGAGACAUCAGCUCUUGGGAUACCUCAGCUGUGUCUGACAUGGGCAGCCUGUUCAAGGAUUGUGACGCGUUCAAUCAGCCCAUCGGUUCGUGGAACACCUCUGCCGUACGUGAUGCGAGGGACAUGUUCGGCGGCACAAAGGUUUUCAACCAGAACAUCAGCGAUUGGGAUACCUCCGCCGUAACCGACAUGAGCGGCAUGUUCGGCUUCGCCGAGGCAUUUAAUCAGCCUGUCAAUGCCUGGGACACCUCAUCUGUGACUACCAUGAGCUACAUGUUCGCCGGCACGAUGGCAUUCAAUCAGCCCCUCGAUUCCUGGGACACUUCCGCUGUGACCGACAUGAGCCACAUGUUUGAGUACGCGGUGUACUUCAACCAGCCGAUUGGUUCCUGGAAUACUUCAGCCGUGAUUGACAUGAGCAGCAUGUUCAGUGCUGCAGGACCUUUCGACCAGCCCAUAGGCUCCUGGGAUACUUCAGCUGUGACUGAUAUGACUGGCAUGUUCUUUGACAACUACAAUUUCAAUCAGUCCAUCAGCUCUUGGGAUACCUCCGCCGUGACGAGUAUGAGCUACAUGUUUGCCCGUGCAGUCUCAUUCAAUCAGCCCCUCGACUCCUGGGAAACCUCAGCAGUUCGGACCAUGAGCGCCAUGUUUCUCUCUGAACAGGUUUUCAACCAGCCAAUUGAUUCCUGGGAUACCUCAGCAGUUGUGGACAUGAGCAGCAUGCUCGAAUAUGCCGUGGCUUUCAACCAACCCAUUGGGUCUUGGGAUACCUCAGCCGUCACCGACAUGAGUAGAAUGUUCAAAGGUGCUGAGGCCUUCAACCAACCUAUUGGAUCCUGGGAUACUUCAUCCGCGAAGUAUAUGAAUUCCAUGUUCAAAGAUGCCAAGGCUUUCAAUCAGGCCCUGGGCUCUUGGGAUACAUCGGCACUUCAGCAAAUGAAUGCCAUGUUUGAGGGCGCUGAUGCUUUUCAGCUUCCUCCUUGUGCAGCGGGAACUGCGCCAGCUCACAACCGGCUUGGGUGUGAGCCUUGUGAGGUGGGUCACUAUGCAUCCGCCAAUGCCUCCAGGUGCCAGGCCUGCCCUGCAGGCUCAUACCCCGUUGACAGGCGUAGCUCAUGUAUGCCUUGUCCUGCCACACAGUUUUCCCCUGGCGGUCUGGACACGUGCCAUGCGUGCAGCUUGCCCUGUCUGAUCAUCGAGGAUGCUUGUGUGUGGUGGCACCUACCGCUCAUAGCUGUCGGGGUUGCUGGCCUGUUGGUCUGCAGGCGUCUCUGGACAGCUCGCAGGCAAGCUCGGAGAGCCAAGAAGGCUGAGACCUUGAUGUGCCAGCUUUAUGCAGACCUUUGGUGCGAGCACCCGGCAAUGCUCAGCGACUACGCCCUGAAGUUCAGUCGCUUGGGCAUGGAUGGAGUGGGCUUUGAAAAGCACCUCAUGAGCACGCGCGCUUUGCAGAGCGAAAGGGCGGGCGUCGGUCUGGGCUACCUCCUGUCAGAGAGCUUCGAGCAACUGGCCACGCAGCGGACCGGCAAGCAGAACCCAACAUUUAUUGACAUGAAAAACGCCUUCUGGCUCGCCGAUGAUCCGAUUGGUCAGGACGUGGUGUGCCCCCGCGAUGGCAAGCCGGGAUGCGCCUUGAUCGAUUGGAUCGACCGCGAUGACCGACGCGAGCAGACACAUUUCAUGUCUUGGACUUGGCAGUACAGCCUUGCUCAGGUGCGAAGCUCGCUGGAAGCUUUUCGGGCGACUACUACGCUUGACUCAGUCCGCAGCGGUGUCUUCUUCUUCAUGUGUUUCUUUGUCAACAACCAGUUCAGAAUCAUUGUGGAGGAGUUGACGACUGGCAGCGCUAACCUUGAGGAUGUAUUUGAGACCAACCUCUGCCGCAUUGGCAAGAUGGUGGCCAUCUUGGAUACUUAUCGCGAGCCGAUCUACCUGAGCAGAAUCUGGACGGUGUAUGAGCAGUUCGUGGCUUCCAAGCUGAAGAUCCCGGUGACCUUCGUUAUGCCCGAAUCUGCGUCACGGCUACUUCACCAGGAGAUUUCGCGCGGUGAUCAGGGUAUCAACAACGUCAUGCAAUGCGUGAGCCGCGUGGACUCCGCACGAUCAAAGGCCUGGAAAGAAGAGGAUGAGGUCAAAGUCAAGUCUAUGAUUCAGGAGACCGUCGGCUUCGAACAUGUCGACAAGCAUGUCACAGUUGCCAUGGUCUCGUGGAUCGGCGAGGUCAUGAGGCAGAAGUGGCAGGGGCUCGUGGAUGCUGCUCGCGAGAGUCGCCUGGGGCCGGGCGAGCUGACCGAGCAGAUGCACUUGUAG